AGAAGACCCGGACGCGACCAGUCACGCGACCCACGCUACUGGUUACUCUUCGCCGCCGCCACGGGAGCGCCGAGACCCACACUGCUCGCUUCGCCAUGGACAGCGGCGGCAACAAGAGCGGCGCUGCUGCCGGGGGAGGGGACGGCGCGUGCAGCGGCGGCCACCUGUGCCACCUGUGCGGGUACAAGUACGCGAGCGCGCACCCCAGCGCCAAGCAGCGGCGUGCGCACCGCAAGAACUGCGGCGUUGGCGGCGGCGGCGGCGGCGGCAAGUCGCCGCCCACCGCCGCCGCCGCCGCCGCCGCCAGUGCGGAGGUGGAGGAAGAGCGCGAAGGAAAGAAGUCGGUGCUAGGUGUGGAUGUCGGAGGAGAGGGAAAUGGGGCGCCUGCUUCGGAUUCUGGCGGCGUUUUGCCCGGAUCUGCGGAGGAUGUUGGGAAUGCAGUAGAUGACGACGACACUGGAGUGCACUCUUCCCCUAAUAGUGCCAGAGUUCACGUCAUUAUCAAUGAUGUCACUUCUGAAGGGCCUCCUAAAGCUAAUGGAACUGACGUUCAAACUGAAGUUGAUCUGCCGCUGCCUGAAAGCGCACCGCAUUUUCAAGAUUUGUAUCCGUCUGAAUCACAUUGUAGUGGUGAUCAGCAUCAGGAUGCCCCCGCUUCCCAUUGUCAAUCAGAGCCUGAAGAUGGUGCAAGAUUCAGUCCAGACUUCUCUGCAGAUGAAACAAGCAAGUCAAAUGCUGUGUCCCUGGCAUCAGAUGCUGCUUCAGGUGAAUUUUCUGCACAAACAAUUGCUACAGCUGGUAGCCCUGAUGGUAUUGCCGUUACUGAAAACGAUUGUAUGAUCAACACCAUUGAAGAAGACAAAACUAGUGAGGCCAAGUCGGUAAAAGGUAAUGAGAUUGAUUCGUCCUAUCAAGAGAAGCUGCAAACUAAAAUUGUUGAGGGGCAUAGUCCUGCUACAGUGGAGGAAGAUCUAUAUGUCAACAACUUAGGUGUGGUUCCCGGAGAGCAAAACCCCAGUGAAGACACUGAAUCCAAGGACGAAAGCGGGGUUAUCGAACCUAACCCAGUUGAGCAAGUCUGUGCCAUCAAGGAACCUGUUGAUGUACUUGGGAAUAAGGAGCCUUCUACUGAUAAUAAUGUCCACACAGAUGAUACCAGUAGUGAUGAUUUAUCUCAACUUGCUUCUGGUGGUUGUCAUUUGGAGGCAGCAGAUGUUGUCGAAACACAGCAGCAAAUUGAUUCUACUUCUGUGGUAGCAGAUCAGCUGACAAAUUCCAAACAGACAUGCCUUGAAGAAGGGUCAAGCAAUCCUGGUGCAGAUGAGGUUAUCCAAGCUGUAUCAAGUGCAACAGAGUCUCCUGUGGAUAGUCUAGUUGAGGAGGUCAUAUCAGCUCGCAGUGCUUCUGAUGUUACAAAGAAAGAUACCUCCGAGGUGACAACAGAAGAUGACAAACAGAAUAAUUCUAGCCAUACAAGUGAUGUCAUUUCCAUGCCAUCUCAAAUUGACCCAAUAGAGCCUAGCUUAGACCCUACUCAGGAGAUCAGUAUGAGUAGCAAGCAUGAUGUUGACGUGAAUAAACAAAUUGAGAACGUAAGUGUGGACCUUACCUCCCGUGAGACUAACAAUGUAUGCAGUACGGAUAACAUUGAAGAGACUAAGCAGAAUGAAGAAAUUAGUGCAGAAGAGAGUACUCUGAAGACCAGCAUAUUACAGAGUGCAAGUAGUGUUGAGGAAAAAGAACAGAUUGAAGAGGUGAUAGCAGGUCCUGCUUCUGAUAAUAUCAAUGUGAUAAGCAGCAGAGACAUAAUUGUGCAAAAGGAACAGAGUGAUGUCCAUGUGGGAACUGUUCAUGAGAUAAAUGUGGUGGAUAUCCCAGCUAUAGUUGAAUUAGAGAAGCACGUGGAAGAAAGUACCGCAGACCUCCCAGCUAUAGUUGAAUUAGAGAAGCACGGUGAAGAAACUACCGCAGACCCUACUGCUCGGAUGACGAACAUUACAGAUAAAGUUGAAGAAAAGAAGCAAGAUGAAGAAAUUACGCCAGAUCCUGCUCCUCAUGCUAUCAAUGUGAUACACGAAGACAAUACGCAGAAUGAAGACAUGACAGAGAUCCCUAGUUCUCACGAAAGUGUACUUGACGACGCAGAUAUUGUUAAAGAGAAGGGUGAAGAAACUAUGUCAGAGCCAACCUCUCACAACACUGAUGCGGUAAGCAUCGUUGAUGCCAUUGAAGGAAAGAAGGAGAAAGAAGAGGUAACUCCAGAAUCUACUCUUGAUGCUAGCUUGGUCCACACCAUUGACAAUGUCAAAGGAAAGGAGAGUGAAGAGCCUACUUCGGACCUUACAUCCGUCGAUGCCGGAGGCAAUGCAGGUACUAUCCUUGUCGCAGACUCUAGUUCUCACAUGAACAGCACGCCACAGGGCACAAAUGAUAGCAAAGAAGAGGACCGGGAUGAAAAGGCUGCUGUGGACCAUGCUCGGACCGAUGCUGUUGAAGAAAAGAAGCAGAAGGAAGAGACUGCAGCAGAGACCAACACCAAGGAUAGCGCAAAUGACCAUCCGAAUGAAGAGAUCACAGACAAGGAAAUGACAAUAGAUUCAGAUAAGAGCCAUGUGUCCCUGAAGUCCCUUCUCUCCGAGAAAGGCAUUGAAUUUGAAGUUAAAGAAAAGAAGGUGAGCACCAAGGACAGAAUGCUGUCGUUCAGGCGCCGAUCGUCGAAGGACAACCCUUCGCCUGCCAAGCCAGGUUCCGAGCAGCAAGACUGGAACUCUCCGGCCAGGUUACCGGCGGAGAAGUCGCCGAAAGGGAAGAAGCAGCAGUGGAUGCCGUUUAUUUGCUGCCACUCCAUGAACUGACCGUUCUGAGGGUCUUUCUGGAGUUCAUACUAGUGUAUCGGUGUGGUUAGGCUUGUCCAGAUUUGUAAAUGGCCAUUCCGGUUUGUUCUGGCUUGUGUUGGCACUGAUGAUGUCUCAGACUUCAGUUUGUCCCAUCAUCACUUUUUUGUUUGGAGUUGCUCGGUUAUUUGAUUCGAGUAGUCCUGUACUUUGUUGAUUUCUUCUUCUUAACACUAAAAUUCUACUUGCUCAA